AUGGGGUUCUUCCGCUGGCCUCGGUGCAAGCGACGCGCCUCCCCUCCGAAGCCCACGGACUCGUUCAAUGUUCCCAAUCCCUUUGAGGCCUCAAAGCCUCCAUUUGACGCCCAUGAUGCCUUAGAUACUUCCCAGUUGCCCAUUCCAGGAGCCUUCCCGUCAACUCCUCCUGAAUCACCUACCCUUAUUGUGUCACAAGGCCCGACUAUCGAGGAAGAAGAGGUCCCACCGAAGGGGUGGGAAUAUAUGGACAUUGAUGUCCGUCCAACACCAGCUCUUGUUACUGAUCUCGGCAUACAUCUCCACCCUCGAUUACCGCCAUACACCCCUCCCCCUCCGAGCGCUAAGCGCAUUCCGUCGCCAAGACCAACUAAAACCCGCAAGCCCGUUGAACAUGAUCUUAUGGACAUUGAUGACCCGUGGGAUCAACAAGCUCAACAAGAUGCAAGGCUUCCUCACGGCCCCAUUUCCGCUGUACAGUUAUUUUACCCCAACAGGAGGCUGAUUCCUGCCAAUCGCCUUGCAUCGUGGUACGAGGCGGAAUUUGAGAAGCGGGAGAAAGAAAGAUUAGCUCGGGAGCGCGAUCUCCAACGUCCAACCAGAGUGAUCCCAACGGGUUAUCCCGUACGUCUGAUUUCGCCCGAGUGGCUUUCCAAACUUCAACGCGCCGUGCAGAGUGGACAAGGACAUUCCGUCGCCAAAUCAUUAGCGGGAGACGAUCUGUACCAGCGGGAUAUCAUCACAUGCAUUCGACCUGAGGCCUGGCUCAAUGAUGAAAUCAUCAAUGCCUACCUUGGUUUACUCGUCCACUACCUCCGUCAAGCGCAUGGAAACCUCGGCCCUAGCGACCGGCCGCUCUUCCACGCCUUCAACACCUUUUUCUAUUCUACCCUCCGUGAUAAAGGAUAUCAGGGCGUGCAACGGUGGGCAAAACGGGCGAAGAUCGGGGGUGAAGGACUGCUUAAUGUCGACACAGUCUUCAUCCCUGUACAUGAGUCAAGUCAUUGGACCCUCAUGGUGGUUCGACCAGCAGACCGUACAAUCGAGUAUUUUGACUCCCUAGGAUCCCGCGGUCCUCGCCAAGUGAAAAAUGUCAAGCAAUGGCUUCGUGGGGAGCUUGGGUCAAAAUAUAAUGAUGCUCAGUGGACUGUCCUGCCAUCCGUCUCUUCUCAGCAAGACAACGGAAGCGAUUGCGGUGUGUUCCUCCUAACAAAUGCCAAAGCGAUCACUGUUGGGGUUGAACCCACCGCCAUUGGCCCAAGCCACAUUACACUUCUCCGCAGAAAGAUUGUUGCGGAGCUCAUGAAUGGUGGUCUUCAUGGCGAGUUCAGCCCACAUGACAAAGCAACAGGUGCAGUUUUGCUUUGA